AUGGCAAAGGUCCGACUGAGGAUACCAAGCCCACAUCGUAAACGACAACGAUUGAACGGCGAUCGGUUCAUACCCACAAGAUCUGGUCAAGAUUUACAGGCUAGCUUCAGUCUUCUUCACGAGGACGGGUCUCCAGCAACACCCCCAAGACAAAAGAAAAGGACCCCUCAUGGCGAGCUCCACUUCCAAAAGACUGAGGAGGCCAAUCGCACCUUCUCUAAGCUCUUACGAGCUGAACUUUCGAAGGGACAAUACCCCAAGAAAACCCCCAAGCCAUAUCGCCAGACCAAGCUUCCAGCAGAUACUCGCUCCGAGUUAUACAGCCUAUCCCCAGUGCGGUUUGGUAGUCAGCAAAUGCUUCUCAGUCCUCGGAAGCAACCGAGAGCUGUGAGCAAAGUCCCCUACAAGGUUCUUGAUGCGCCUGAACUUGCCGACGACUUCUACCUGAACCUGGUUGAUUGGGGCAGUGCCAAUGUCUUGGGAGUUGGUUUAGGUUCAAGCGUCUACAUGUGGAAUGCCCAGACUAGCCGGGUUAAUAAGUUGUGUACUUUGGAGGACGACACUGUUACAAGUGUUUCGUGGAUCCAGAAAGGAACGCAUAUCGCGAUCGGUACCGGGAAAGGGUUGGUACAGAUCUGGGACGCUGAGAAAACCCGGCGCUUGCGCACCAUGACUGGCCACACAGCGCGGGUGGGAUCACUAGCGUGGAAUACUCAUAUCCUCACCUCAGGCUCUCGCGACCGUCUCAUCUAUCAUCGGGACGUUCGGGCUCCCGAUCAAUGGCUCAAAAAUUGCGGUGGCAACGACAACAAGCUCAUGGUAUGGGAUAAGCUAUCAGAAACACCCUUGUGGAAGUUCUCGGAUCAUACCGCUGCUGUCAAGGCUAUUGCUUGGUCGCCUCAUCAGCGUGGUCUCCUCGCUUCUGGCGGUGGAACCGCUGACAGAAGGAUAAUAUUCCACGAUACCGUGCGGGGAGCCGUCAUCAACGAGAUCGAUACGGGAAGCCAAGUCCAGAAUCAAAUUGUCGUCUGGAAGUACCCCUCCAUGACACAGGUCGCAAGUCUAACAGGCCACACAUACCGUGUUCUUUAUCUAGCCAUGAGCCCCGACGGGAGGGUUGUCGUGACAGGUGCCGGGGACGAGACACUCCGAUUUUGGUCGGUUUUUGGCCGUCGCCCCGGCGCUCGGGACGAUGCAGACCCUGGGAGUGGCCGACUUGCCGACUGGGGUGUUAUACGCUAA